GGGAGGCAGCGCUCCGGCGGCUCCGCGCCCCGCACUCCCGGACCUGAAGCCGGGAAGGUAGGUGCUGUCCCGCUGCCGCGCCCGGGCCCUGGGGCCUGCCCCCGCCGGCCGGCUCGGCACGCCGCGUCCCAGCGCCCCGCGACUGCGUCACCGGCCCCCCGCACGUAACCACAGCUGCCUCCGCCCGCCUCGGGCCCGGGCGGACGUUUUGCCGCCCCGGCGACGUCAGCGCGUCCGGCGUUGCUUGGCUACCCCGCCGUUCCCCCGUCCCGCUGCCGCUCGCCUCCCCGGGUGAAACUCUGACGCCGUCACCGCGGGCCUCGGCUGCGUCAUAGCGGCGGGCAUCCCACCUUCACGUCACACCUUCUCCUCACCUGGACACGCAUUCCUCCCUCCCUGUCAACCACGACGUUUCCUCUCCCCUUCUCCAAUCCCCCUACGCCAGAUCUGGCGAGAGAAGAUGGAGACGAGGGUGGGCAUGAGUUGUGGACGACGCUCAGGAGAGGGUCGCAAGGUGGGACCCCGGACAGUGGUAGAAACAAAAUGAGGACGUCCCUCAAGUUUGCCCUUCUACUGAGACACAAGGAAUAGAGGGAAAGAAAUUACCAACCUGGAGGCACCCAAGGCCUCACUAUGGCUGUAACUCCAAGUCCUCUCUAUACAUCCCUAACCUUUUCCCCAUUUCUCUUUCACACCACUUCUUUGCCAGUCUAGAUCCAUCCUGGUCCCUAACUCUGCAUACAGUUCAACUUACCCCAGUUAAAUAAUGGCAGAAACAAGUCUGUUAGAGGCUGGAGCCUCUGCAGCCUCCACAGCUGCAGCUCUGGAGAACUUACAGGUGGAGGCGAGUUGCUCUGUCUGCCUGGAGUAUCUGAAGGAGCCUGUCAUCAUUGAGUGUGGGCACAACUUCUGCAAAGCUUGCAUCACCCGCUGGUGGGAGGACCUAGAGAGGGACUUCCCUUGUCCUGUCUGUCGAAAAACAUCUCGCUACCGCAGUCUCCGGCCUAAUCGACAGCUAGGCAGCAUGGUGGAAAUUGCCAAGCAGCUCCAGGCUGUCAAGCGGAAGAUCCGAGAUGAGAGCCUCUGCCCCCAGCACCAUGAGGCCCUCAGCCUUUUCUGCUAUGAGGACCAGGAGGCUGUAUGCUUGAUAUGUGCAAUUUCCCACACCCACCGGGCCCACACCGUCGUGCCACUGGAUGAUGCCACACAGGAGUACAAGGAAAAACUGCAGAAGUGCCUGGAGCCCCUGGAGCAGAAAUUGCAGGAGAUCACCCGCUGCAAGUCCUCUGAGGAGAAGAAGCCUGGAGAGCUCAAGAGACUAGUGGAGUGUCGCCGACAACAGAUCUUAAAGGAAUUUGAAGAGCUUCAUAGGCGGCUGGAUGAAGAACAGCAGAUGUUGCUUUCACGCCUGGAGGAGGAGGAACAGGACAUUCUACAGCGCCUCCGAGAAAAUGCUGCUCACCUUGGAGACAGGCGCCGGGACCUGGCCCAUUUGGCUGCUGAGGUGGAGGGCAAGUGCUUACAGUCGGGCUUCGAGAUGCUUAAGGAUGUCAAAAGUACCCUGGAAAAAUGUGAGAAGGUGAAGACCAUGGAGGUGACUUCAGUGUCCAUAGAGCUGGAAAAGAACUUCAGCAAUUUCCCCCGACAGUACUUUGCCCUAAGGAAAAUCCUUAAACAGCUAAUUGCGGAUGUGACCCUGGACCCAGAGACUGCUCACCCUAACCUAGUCCUGUCCGAAGAUCGUAAGAGCGUCAAGUUUGUGGAGACAAGACUCCGGGAUCUCCCUGACACACCACGGCGAUUCACCUUCUAUCCUUGUGUCCUGGCUACUGAGGGCUUCACCUCAGGCCGACACUACUGGGAGGUGGAGGUGGGUGAUAAGACCCACUGGGCAGUGGGCGUGUGCCGGGACUCCGUAAGCCGAAAGGGCGAGCUGACUCCACUCCCUGAGACUGGCUACUGGCGGGUGCGGCUGUGGAACGGGGACAAAUAUGCAGCCACCACCACGCCUUUUACCCCUUUGCACAUCAAGGUGAAACCCAAACGGGUAGGCAUAUUCCUAGACUAUGAGGCCGGCACACUGUCUUUUUACAAUGUCACAGACCGCUCUCAUAUCUACACCUUUACUGAUACUUUUACUGAGAAACUUUGGCCCCUCUUCUAUCCAGGCAUCCGUGCUGGUCGGAAGAAUGCUGCACCACUUACAAUCAGGCCCCCAACAGAUUGGGAGUGACAGGUAGGGAUGUGGGAAUAAUUGGGGUGAGUCAGGGUCAAGAGCUAUGGGCCUUCCUUCCUGUGACCUGCUGGAACGUCUUCGUGUCUGCCUGGUUCCAGUCCUGCACUGUUUAGGGGAAGCACCUUGGUUUCUAGAAUGGUUUAUAUGGAGGAGUAUGUAGGACUGGUCUGGGAUGAGCACACAGCUGUCUCUCUCCUAACCGUCAGAGUGGGGAAUUAGUUCCCAGGGGUUAUCUCCCCUGAAGUCCAUCAGGUUUUCUAUUGCACAUGGAUAGGUUAGGAAGGAAGGAGAGGCUUUUCCAGAAACAAAAAGUCUGUGAGAGGGUCUGACUUGCUCAAAACCAGAAGAGGAAACAGAAACCCCUGUACGUUCUUUUAAGGGGUUCUUAUUUGUUGAGAAAGAUCAGAGGGGUCUGUGUACCUCUAGACUAAAAUAAAGAUGAAUGAUAGUUGCU